AUGAACAAUCAUGGCUCAGGAUGCGGUACUGUCUUUUUUGGAAGAACAUAAUCGCCCCUUCUCUAUACACGAUAUAAUAGGUGGAGUCAAGGGAAAAGGGGAAUUCGGAAAGGCAGCCGUCCAAAAAGCUCUAGAUGCGUUGGUCAAUAAGGGGAAAGUUAAGGAAAAGCUAUAUGGAAAACAAAAGGUAUAUCACAUAGCCCAAAAUGUUGGACCAACAGGAAAUCAACUCAGGGAGACCUUACUGGAAAUGGAUCGACGAACUAAUGAGAUCUCUGUCGAGCUAAAAGAAGUAAAUGACAAACUAAAAGCCAAGUCGAAUAUACUCACAGAAAAACAAGGUAAAGUGAGUAUAGCAGAUCUUAUUGAGAAAAAAGUUGAUAUUGAAAAGCAGUUGGAGAUCGUUAAGGAGGAUUUAAUCCAGUACGCUGAUGUGGAUCCGAUUUCUCCGAAGAGGAAGGAGGAAGUUGAAAAACUAUAUGCAAAGGCAUUAACCGAGUACAAAAAGCGUAAAAGAAUGUGCAUGGAUGUGGUAAAUGCGAUUCUAGAGAACUAUCCAAAGUCUAAAAAGCAGCUGCUUGAGGACAUGGGGAUUGAAACAGAUGAAGAUGUAGGGUUUUCCUUAGAUUUAAAAUGAGUCAGUUAAGAAUAUAAACGGAGAGCUUGCGUUUUUUGAAAUCUCAGCUGCAAAUAUGUAUAUUUGAAGUGGUCGAAGUGUUUAUUUUUUUAUGCUUAAAAACUAUGAAUGUAAUGUAGUGUAAUCGGUCAAUAAUUACGUUAUUUGUGAAGAUUUUUAAAAAGGUUAUCCAGAAAAAUUAUUGACUCUUUGGAAAAUACGCCCCUCUCUACAGGAUGAUGUGUGAAGCUGUCAAAUAUUAAUGUUAUUUCGAAUAAAAUAUCCCGUAGCCCAAGAAGUAGCGAUCAAAACUGUUCAGUAUAUCAAACUAUUUCUUUUGAAGAGGCCUUUCAGAACGUGGUAAAAAAAGCAGGCAUUCCAUUAAAAAAUAUACCUUUGCUUUGCUGUGUAGUUAUAGAUCAUCCUGUAGAAAGAACGUAUAUCCAUAAUUUUUUAAAAGGAUAUUUCGGAUAUCUUUUAUGAUAACGGAGUUAUCGACCGAUUAUACACUGCAAGUGUAUCUAUAUUGAAUGUUUAUACACUUAAGUUUGGUUGGUCAGUUAUAUAAAUUGAUAUGAAUUUUACACCGUCUGCUAACUGUAUUGUGAACCAAAGUUCAUAGAUAUAGUAAUAAACUAGGCAUUCCAAAUCAUGUACCUCACUUCGCGCUAAAAAGAUAUGUUAAAGUUAGCGUGGAACGUUACAACUCAUGCCGUUUUAAGAGGUCGCCCAUAUCUUUCCAUAAUAAAAAUAUUUUACCUAUGAUAUCUAGUUUGAAUUAUUUGCUCUUGUCAUAACAAAACAAUUUAUUUAGUGCCG